AUGGGUAUGAAAGAACUUCUAUUAUUUGUGGUGUGCUUUUGGAACGUCUGUAUUUUAGGGCAUGAAUUCUUCUCAUCAACAGAUCAAAUUGUACAGCUUGUGGAGAAGGAGAAGGACCUUCUGGAGGCCUUUAGUCUGUACAUUGAUGCUGAAGAAGAGAAUUUAAGGACACUAAAAAGGGUUCUUCUGAUUCUUCAGAUGGUCUCUGUCUUUGAUUCUGGAGACCCUGAGAAAUCCGUGUAUGACCCUGUGGCUGCUUACAAACUCCUUAUAAGACUGAGAAAUGAAUGGAGGACUAUUUUGAAAUACACUCAAAGGGGCCUUUAUCAGGAAAAGUUUGAGGAACUUUUGGAAUUAAUGUUUCUACAAAUCCCUCAUAAGAACGAUUUGGAUGAAGCAGCUUCAGGGUUGAUCACACUGCAAGAGAUCUACAAACUCUACCCACACAACAUCACAAAAGGAAUGUCUUUAAGCGUGGAUGAAGCUUUCCAUGUGGGGAUGGUCGCUUAUGAGGAGGACAAAUUCCAGCAUGCAUUUCUCUGGUUUGUGUACAGUCUGAACAAAUUAAGUGAGACAGAAUUCACAUCUGUUACUAUGGAAGAGUUACUACGUUUCCUUGGCUCUUCAGCCUAUCAUUUUGGCAGUCUACCUGUGGCAAUCUACUUCACCCAGCAGCUUCUAAAUCUGGAUCCAACUAAUGAGGAUGCCAGACUUGAGCUGGCCUUUUACAGAGAGCUUCGCCUCAAAAGAACUUCAAACCCUGAUAUAUUCACACUGAACCAAGAGUCAAGUAACUCUUAUGAGGCACUGUGCAGAGGAGAAGUUGAUGAGAGGACCUCCAAGAAGCAGCGGGCACUGUCCUGUAGGUACAGCACAGGUGGAGGGAACCCCAGGCUGAUUUAUGCUCCAGUGAAAGAGGAGGAGGUGUGGGCCGAGCCUCGAAUCAUCAGAAUUCAUGAUGUAUUAUCAGACAAAGAGACAGAGAUCCUGAAGAACAUCUCCAGAUCUAAACUUUCUAGGUCUCAAGUUGGAGAGGGCACAGAUUCAAAAGUCCGGGUGUCUCAAAGUGUUGGUUUAAUGGAAGAAGACCCUGUGGUUGCUCGUGUAAAUCAGAGGAUUUCUGACAUUACAGGACUCAGCUUCGAAACAGCCGAACUACUAGAGGUUCAGAAUUAUGGAAUUGGGGGCAGAUUUGGACCACAUUAUGACUCAUCGGAUGAUGAAGAUGAUGAGGAUGAAAGGAUUGCCACAUUCUUAAUUUAUGUAAGUCGACUCAAAUAUCGGGGUGCUACUGUGUUCCCUGAGAUUGGAGUUAAAGUGGAGCCUGUAAAGGGUUCAGCUGUGCUUUGGUACAACCUCCUACAGAAUGGCAGCCUGGAUUUAAAAACACUGCAUGCAGGAUGCCCUGUCUUAAUGGGCAAUAAAUGGGUGGCUACCAAAUGGAUCCAUGAGUUUGGACAAGAGUUCAGGAGACCCUGUUCUUUGUCAGAGUGGGAAUAAAAGGAACAGGACAUUACAGGACAUGUAGCCAUAUAGAAAUAAUUACUUUUGUAUCUGUACAACAGAAACAUCAAACUUAUGCAGCAAGAUUUGUUACUUUAGUUUUUGCAUUAACUUAAACUGUUAUCUAGAGGAUGGAAAUGUAUUAACUUGAUCCACAGUCAAACCUG